AUGGAACAAAAGAGAGUAGAAAAAGGGAAGAGAUGGAUAGCAAUUAGGGGUAUUAUUAAAGAAGUAAAUUUGGAGGCGGCAGUGUGUGUGGUGUAUGGACCGCAUGACAAUGAAGGAAAAAUUGAAAUUUAGUCAGAACUGUGGGAAUUAAAGAGAGCCUGGAUAGUGCCAUUUGCGAUGGGAGGAGACUUCAAUGAGAUAUUGGAAGUGGAGGAUAGGUUCGGGUGUAACACGCUAACCCAGAACAGCUUACUGUUUAGGGAGUGGGUGGAGGCUAUGGAGUUAUUGGAACUGGAGUUACGGGAUCGAAAAUACACUUGGUAUGGAGGUCGCUCAUGUAGAAGAAUUGAUAGGGUGUUUAUUCAUGUUGAAUUGCAAGAAUGUUUUGAUAUAGUUCGUCUGAAGAUGCUGUCGAGAAGUUUAUCUGACCAUUGUCUAUUGUUGGUGGAUUCUGGAGUUGUCGAUUGGGGUCCUAAGCCGUUUCGAACGAUAGAUGCGUGGUUGACACAUGCUGGAUUCAAAGAAACAGUAAGAAAGGAGUGGGAGAAAUCAAGGGAAAGAAACUUAUUGGAAAAAUUAGACUUGUUGAAGCGACCUCUUAGAGUUUGGAAUAAAGAAAAAUUUGGAUCCAUCAACUGCCAAAUAGAGAAGAUAGAGUCUGAAAUUCAAAGUGUGGAUAAGUGCUUUGCUGAGGGUAUCCAAGAUGAGUGUCUACUUGCACGAAACAAGGCCUUGAAGAUUUUGUUGGAAAAAUGGUAUGAGCGAAAAGAUGAUUAUUGGAGACAAAUGUCAAGAUCGAGGUAUGCUACACCGCUAGAUCGAAACACCAAAUACUUUCAUGCGGUGACUAAGGUGAAAAGGAGGGGUAAGGUUAUGAAUUCAGUUUGUAUUGAUGGAGAAUAUAUAAGGGAGCCGUGCACAGUUAAAAGAGAGAUAAGACGGUAUUUUGAGAAUUUAUACAGGGAGGAUAAGCAUUUAUCAAUUGGGUUUGAUAUGUCCUUGGUAAAAAGGAUUAGCAGUGAAGACUCAAUUUUUUUGGAAAGGAAGCCAAAAAGAGAGGAAAUCAAGGGCGCAGUUUGGGAGUGCGAGCUGUCUAGAGCACCUGGUCCGGAUGGAUUCAAUUUCAAAAGUAUUAGAAACUUAUGGGACAUCAUAGGGGAAGACUUCAGUCAAGUGGUUGAGGAUUUUUUUUGAGAAGGGAAUUUUACCGAAGAAGGCCAAUUUGACAUGGGUUACUCUUGCUCAUAAGGAGGGGGGAUCGGACGAUCUGAAAGACUAUAGGUCAAUCAGUAUGGUUGGCUGUGUUUAUAAAGUGGUAGCUAAGAUACUAUCAAAAAGACUUCAACCAGUUAUGCCAGAAUUAGUAGGGGAGGAGCAAUCUGCUUUUGUGAGUGGGAGGAAGAUUGUUGACGGAGCUCUUAUAGUGUGUGAGGUAGUGCAUUGGAUGAGGAAAAAGAAGAUACCAGCUUGGUUAAUCAAGUUAGACUUUCAGAAAGCGUAUGACAGAAUUCGGUGGAGUUUUGUUGACAGAGUUUUGAAGAGCAUGUGUUUCGGCGAGGUGUGGAGAUCAUGGAUAAGGACUUGUUUAUCGACAGCAUCUAUGUCAGUGCUUGUGAAUGGGACAACAACUAAACCCUUUAAGUUAUAGCGGGGAUUGAGACAAGGGGACCCAUUGUCCUCUUUUCUUUUUGUUAUGGUGAGCCAGGUCCUAAAUAGUAUGUUGGGAAGAUUAUGUGAGAAGGGUCGGAUUAGAUCUCUUGACGUUGGUCAUAAUAGGGUUAGUAUUACGUAUCUUCAGUUUGCAGAUGAUACUAUCCUAUUUUGCCCGUGUGAUCACGAGUCCCUAAUGAGCUAUAGAAGACUGUUAGGAGGGUUCAAGCUAAUGAUGGGAUUGAAGAUAAACUACAACAAAUCUGUCUUGAUCGGAGUAAAUUAUAACAAUGAGGAGGUGGAGCUAGCUUGCAAGACGUUGGGUUGUAGAAAUGGGUCGCUACCUAUGAACUACUUGGGCAUUCCGUUAGGCGCCAAUCCAAGAAGAAUAGAAAUAUGAAAGCCAGUUAUUAGAAAGGUGGAAGAUAGGCUUAAGGGUUGGAAAAGUAGGUACUUGUCAAAAGCCGGAAAAUUGGUUUUAAUUAAGGAAGUCUUGAACAAUCUGCCUAUGUAUUAUUUGAACUUGUUUAAGAUGCCUAAAGCAGUCGUGACAAAGAUAACGUCUCUUCAGUCAAGAUUUUUCUGGGGAAAAAGUGAUGGAACGAAGGGGAUGUCAAUAGUGAGCUGGAGCCUAAUUCAAAAGCCAAAGAGUCAAGGCGGACUGGGUGUGAGAGAUCUAGUAUUAAAGAAUGCAGCACUCUUAUUCAAGUGGUGGUGGCGUUUUGACAAAGAGGAGUGCCCACUUUGGAAGAGAGUGGUGUGUUCAUGUAAUAAAUUGGAUUCUAAAAAGGGACUGGAGAAACAACAAAUGAAAAAUACAAGGAGUCUUUGGAAUACUAUUGGCAACUUGAGAUUUAGUGAAGCUGAGCUUUUUAGCAUUUUCUAUGAAGGUAUGCAGUUGCAAUUGGGAGAUGGAACUAGAACGCUUUUUUGGAACAAUGUUUGGAUGAAAGAUGGGAGGCUUAGAGACAGAUUCCCAAAUCUCUAUAGGGUAGCAGUUGAUAAGGCGUGCACCAUCAGUGAUUGUAGCUUUUGGGAUGGGUAUGUUUGGAGAUGGGGGUUGCAAUGGAGAAGAGCUUUGUGGUUGUGGGAAGAGCAAGAGCUGAGUGAGCUACAAACAGGCCUAACAAAGGUGGGGAUUCGACAAAGCGAAGUGGAUAAGCUGAUAUGGAAACAUGACAAGGAAGGUAAUUUCUCUGUAAAAUCUUUUUUGAAUGUGUUAUAUAAGAAUAAAAAUCUAGGACAAGAGCCAAAUAUGUUCAAUUUUUAUAACAAUUUGUGGAGGAGUUUGGUCCCUCCUCGUGUGGAGAUUUUUGUGUGGUUUGUAAUAUUAGAAAGAGUGAACACCAAAGACAAGUUAGUUAGAUGUGGAAUCUUACCAACAUCAGAAAUUACCUGUGUUAUCUGCGGCAAGGCACCAGAAUCUGUUCAUCAUCUAUUUUUCACAUGCGAAUAUGCAUGGAAACUGUGGGGUUCAGCUCUUAGGUUUUGGAAUAUACUUUGGGUUUGGGCAGGAGAUCCUAGACAAUGUUUUGAGUCGUGGAUACAUGGAGCGAAUAGGAAGGGUGAAAAAGAGGAUUGGAUGACAACUUUUUUUUGCUGUAAUUUGGUCUCUGUGGAAACAUAGAAAUGAUGUUGUCUUCAAGAAGGAAAACGUGAAUAUCUCUCUGUUAGAACAAGAUGUAUCGGGUUUGGUUCUAGUUUGGUCAAGAGACAGAAGACUUCGAAGAACAGGUGCUAAGAAUUGAGAUAAAUAAUAAAUUAUUGGUGUCUUGUCUCUUGUUGCAUGUGUGGUUGGAUUUAAUUCUUUAUCUUUUUGUUGUGAAAUGUUUGUUUUUUUUUUUUGUCUUUUUCUAG